AUGAGUCGCCUGAGCCUGGAAGAGCAGUUGUCGAGGUCUCCGGGCUCUCGGCGCCAAGAACACAGCGAGGGCCGGACGAGCCCAAAGCCCCAGCCACCCACAGAGGACCUGGAGCAAGGCGACGGAGUCUCCAGCGAGGAGUCCAACAAGGGCAUGCGCCGGGUGCGAGUGCAGCCGGGGCAGCCGAAGAUCCUCAACGCUUGCGGCGGGUGCAGGUUGGAACUGCCAGAGCACCUGGCCGCCAGCUUGGCCAGCGAGGACAUCAGGAACUUCGCUCAAAGAGUCGACCAUGUCGAAUCGCAAGUCACCAAGCAAAUGCAGCAGACCAUCAACCUCCUCGACGAGAUGACCAACAAGCACGCUGAGCACGGGGGGAUCCUCGAGCAACUCCAGGAAGCGAAUAGAGAAGUGCACGCGCGCUUGGACAAGCUGGAGCGGGGGGACGGGAUUUCACACGAAGCAGCCAAAGCACUCCUAGCAGACAUCCAAUGGGGGGGGAAGCUCGCAUACCUGCUCAACGACAUGUUCUACACCGCCCACAUCCCAGAGUCGAUCGACCGGGGGAUCACGGUCUUACUGCCGAAGAUCCCGUGCCCUUUGGAAUGGGGGGACACCAGGCCGAUAACGCUAUCGUCCACCCUGCUGAAGUGGGCCUCGCAGCUUCUACUGGCACGAGCGGGGGGGCACAUUCGAAGCGGAUCCCUGCUCCAGUGGGCCCGAGCCGGGCGACAGGGCGUUGAGCUCGUGGCCACGAUCCGGAGGGUGACACAGAUGGCGCGCGAUUGGGGAGCGCUCUUCUGGCUGAGCAUACUCGAGACGCGUACCCUCAACGUAGCCAUUGCAGACAGCAUCACGACAGUGCCCCAAACAAACGGCAUCCGGCAGGGAUCGCCGGACUCACCAGACCUGUUCGGGGCGAUCGUCGCUAGAGACCUCCAAACGGCCAUCUCACAAGCCCCCACCCAACCCCGCGACCCCAAGGGGGGCCCCCCCCCACCGCGAGUGGGGGGAUCUUUCCUUGACGACACCUACCUCUGGAGCCAAGACCGCAGCCACCUCCAAAAAGUCAUCCACAACCUGGAGGGGGAGCUUGCGCGGGAUGGACUGCAUAUCCACCCAAUCAAGACCGCCAUCCUUUACAGCAAACCCACCGGAGGAGGCACAUUCGAAAUAGUGGGGGAAACAGUUGCUUGCAGCGACUACCGCACAGUCAUCUCCACACUGGGGUCACCCAUCACCUUCCACGACCAGACUGCAGCCCUCAUAGCAGAGAUGAGUCGAAGGAGCCGGAACGCAUUCCGGAAGCACAAGCAGAUCCUUACCGCGCGUACGAACAUCAAAAGCAGAGCAAAAGCCUACCUCACACUCGUCAGAAACGCAGGAGUGGGCCAGCUGGAACGCCCGCUCCCUCCGGCAGGCAAGACUACACCUCCACAGAAUCGGGGAGCAGAGAUGGUCCUCGUAUGUGCUCAGCAGAAUAUGGCAGUUGUGGGGACACAUGGCAAGGGGGGGACCUGA